AUGGAGCCAGGAAAUCAAACAAGCAUUUCAGAAUUUUUCCUCCUUGGAUUUUCUCAGGACUCAGAGCAUCAGUCAAUCCUGUUUGGAAUGUUCCUGUCCAUGUUUGUAGUCACUGUGCUUGGAAACCUCUUCAUUAUCCUGACUGUAAUUUCUGACUCCUAUAUCCACACCCCAAUGUACUUCUUUCUAUCCAAUCUGUCCUUGACUGACAUGUGUUUCACCUCCACCACCAUCCCAAAGAUGCUAGUGAACAUCUAUACUCAGAGCAAGUCCAUUUCCUAUUCAGGCUGCAUCACUCAGAUGUACUUUUGCAUGGUUUUUGGAGGCAUGGACACAUUUCUUCUGACUGUCAUGGCUUAUGACCGGUUCAUAGCCAUCUGUUAUCCCCUGCACUACUCAGUCAUCAUGAACACCCAUCUCUGUGGUUUGUUGGUUCUUGUGUCUUGGUCCAUUUGUUUAACAUACUCCUUAAUUCAGAGCUUGUUAGUACUGCGUCUCUCCUUCUGCACCAACUUGAUAAUUAAACACUUUUACUGUGAACUUGCUCAGACUCUCACAAUUGCCUGUUCAGACACACUUGUUAACUAUAUCCUGCUUUAUAUGGUGAUUAGUAUUUUGGGUGUUGUUCCCUUCUCGGGAAUCUUCUUUUCCUACACUCGAAUUAUGAGCACCAUAUUGAGAAUCCCUUCAGCUAACGGGAAGUAUAAAGCAUUUUCUACCUGUGGGUCUCAUCUCUCUGCAGUUUCUUUAUUUUAUGGUACAGGCCUUGGUGUGUAUCUCAGUUCUGGAAUAUCAUCUUCAUCCUGGAAGAACAUGGUCACCUCAGUGAUGUAUACAGUGGUCACACCUAUGCUGAAUCCUUUCAUCUAUAGUCUGAGGAACAGGGACAUCAAGAGAGCUUUUCAAAGAAUCCUUAGGAGAAUGCUCUCUAUUCAGUGA